UAGCGCGAGGUUUACUCUGCUAUUUGCUCCAAUUACACUAUGAACUUCAUAUAGAUGUGAUGGAUUUCUCUGAUAUGCUUUCGUAUUUCGCAUUUCGUUCGCUAGUGUUUGCUAGUGUUCUGUAAAAGUAUAAUCCUGACGACCUCAUCGUACGCCAUCUAAAGCGGCUGUAUCUCGUGGAAGUAGACAACCUCACGGAGGUUGGCUGAAGUUUCGCAAAGUGGAAUUCACUUCGAAAUUCGAGAUAAUUUUCUCAAGCUCGGUCCCGGGUAAUGUAAGUCUCCGUAUUGGAAUUAACGAGUUAAUUUCGAAGUAAAUUCGAUUGUGGCGUUGCUUGGUGCUAGUUGCUGUUACUUAGAAAAAAUACUGUGUGCUGUAGAAAUUCGAGAUCAUGGCGGUACCCACGGCCGGUGUAGUUGUUCCUCGAAACUUUCGUUUGCUGGAGGAACUGGAACAAGGUCAAAAGGGUGUUGGCGAUGGUACUAUUAGUUGGGGUUUAGAAAAUGAUGAUGAUAUGACCCUUACACAUUGGACUGGAAUGAUUAUUGGGCCACCUAGGACACCAUACGAAAAUAGAAUGUACAGUUUGAAAAUUGACUGUGGUCAAAGAUAUCCAGACGAUGCUCCCAAUGUAAGAUUUUUAAGCAGAAUCAAUAUGAACUGUAUCAACAGUACUACUGGAGCAGUGGAUAAUCGCAGUGUACCAGUGCUUGCUAAGUGGCAAAGAGAAUACACAAUUAAGACAGUGCUGCAGGAACUCCGUCGCUUGAUGACACUCAAGGAAAAUAUGAAACUUUCUCAGCCCCCCGAGGGCAGUACUUUUUAGCCUAAACACACAUAAACCUAUUACCUCUUCAUUUAUGCGGUAGCACGAAGCAAGACCUUAUUAAGGUACCAAAUAAUAUUGCACAGGUGCCCAAUGAAGAAGUAUGUUAACAAAUGUUCACCUUUGCAAAUAAAAAGAUGAAAGGUGAAAAAUGCUUGGAGGAUCGAACCCGUAUCUUAAGUUGGGAGAGAACCGUAUCACAAGGGCCAUUAGACGAAUCUUAGAAAAACUGAAUGUCAGUUAAAAAUUUGGGACUUUAUAACUAAAUUUAUUAACAAAAGAUGAAACACUUAUCUUUUAAAUAUCACGUUCAGUUAGUAUAUCAAAGAACAAAGUGUUUGCGACAUUUCAAAGUCUGAAGAAACACACUAUUAUUAUUAAUAAUUUCCAAAAAUACCGGUUCGACUCCCCAAACUCUAAAAAAUUAUAAAGAAGUCAUAUUUUGAACGUAAAAAAAACUGGAGACACGGACUGUGUAAUAAAAGAAAUAAUCAAUAAGAACAACUUAUGCCUUUGACAUUUUUUAAAUCGAACUAAUAAUGUCUGUGUCGUGUACCAGUCUAUUCUUCUUCCGUCUAUGCACAGGUGCCAUUUCAAAAUUCACGGCAGUAUCUCAACUUUUCUUAAAAAGUUUCAAAACUUUUACAACAGUAAGAGCAGAUCUUUAUUCUCUCCAACGUCACACUCUUAAAUGAUUUUAGUUUCGAGACGAUCUGACGCGCAUUGUGCAGUCAUUUUACAAUAAAGUAAAAAAAUACAAAUUUUGUGACUGUAGAGGCAUUGCCCAACAAUGGAAGAGUCCCACUCCCCGCAAAUCUGUGCUUAAUACUGGAUAAAUAUUUACAUUUAAUGUGAAGUACAACUUUUACAUAAAAACGAUUUAAUGUGUAUCCAGUUAAGGCGUUUCUCCUAAAAAUCGGUACAUCGACGCUGAAACAUGACGAGAAAGAAAAUAAAAAAUAGAAGAUAAAUUGCGUACUAGAAAACAUUUAUUUCAGUAGCUUCAUUUAUCAUAGAUUCGAGUCUUCUUGCAACGACGCGUCUCGAUGUUGCGAUAAUUAUAAGGACAAUCGCAAUGACUAAUACUCGACGUUUUGUGAAUUUGUUAUGAUCCGCUAUAGACGUAUCGACGAUAAAUAAUCUAUUACUCGUAAUUCAAAGAAAGACACUUUCCCAAAUACACAAGUAGCUUUUUAAUCAUUAAGUAAUCAGGAUUAUUGUUACCUGCAACACACACCGUUACUAUUAGUAAUUUUAUCCAAAUAUCAAUUUUGUAUAUUUAAUUUCUCUUUUUUUCACUCUACAUUUGACCUUCUCGUACGGAAAAGAAUUAAUCGCAUUUUUCACUUCCUCUUGUGUCAUAAUGGGUCCUAACGGUGGCGAAAAUGAAUAAAAUAAAACGAA